AUGGGCAAUAAUAAUUAUUCACCUCCUAAUUAUCCUCCUCCAAGUCAACCAUCAUAUAACCAACAUCAACAACAACAAGGUUACUAUGAUACUUAUCAUGUUCAACCAGAUAUGGAAAAUCAACAAGAUUUAAAAUAUUAUGAUAAACCUCAAGAAUCAACCAAUUUUGAUGAAUCUUUUAAAAUUGAGAAACCAAAAUUUAAUGACUGGCCAUUUGCUAUUUUCUUUUUAUUAGUCGUUGCUGGAUUCGUUGUGGUUGCAGGUAUUACUUUAAAUGCUUUGAGACAAACUUAUGGUUAUCAAGGUGGUGGAAUAUAUGGUGCUUCUAAUCAAUUUACAUUAAAUACAAAUACAAUAAUUUUAUUUGCUUUCAUUAUUGUUGUUUCUAUAGUUGUUUCAUUUUUAAUGAUUUUAUUUGCAAGGAUGGCUCCUAAAUGGUUUAUAAUCUGUGGUAUUAUUGCAAAUGUUGUAUUAGGUAUCGGUACUGCAAUCUUUUAUUUUGUUGAACAUUACUAUUCUGCAGCUAUUGUAUUUUUAAUAUUUGCAUUAUUGGCAUGUUGGUGUUAUUGGAGGUCAAGACAUAGAAUUCCUCUAAGUGCUACAAUUCUAACUAUUGUAAUUGAUGUUAUGAAGAUGUAUCCAUCAACUUUAAUUAUUUCAUUUAUUGGAUUAAUUGUAAGUGCUGCUUUUUCAGUCUUAUUUUCAGUUGUUAUUGUUGCUACUUAUGUUAAAUAUGAUCCAAAUCAAAAUAACGAAGCAUGUUCAGUUGGUGGUGGUUCAUGUUCAAAUGCUAAAAAGAUUGGUCUAUUGGUAUUUGUAUUCUUUGCUGGUUAUUAUAUCUCAGAAGUUUUAAAAAAUAUAAUACAUGUGGUUAUCACAGGUAUUUAUGGAACUUGGUAUUAUUUAGCUGGGUCAGAUCAAGGACAACCAAAACAUCCAGCUCUCGGAGCAUUAAAAAGGGCAUUAUCAUAUUGUUUUGGAUCAAUCUGCUUUGGAUCUUUAAUAGUUUCAUUAAUACAAUUAAUAAGACAAGGAAUUGCUAUGUUAAGAUCUGAUUUCGCAGCUGAUGGUAAUGCAUGUGGUGUUUGUGGUAUGAUUGUAUUAGAUUGGGUCGUGGGAUUUAUCGACUGGUUGGUACAAUAUUUUAACAGAUAUGCUUAUUGUUAUGUUGCAUUAUAUGGAAAGAAUUAUAUUCGUUCAGCAAAGGAUACUUUUGAUUUAUUAAGAUUUAAAGGCAUGGAUGUUUUAGUCAAUGAUAUGUUCAUAAAUACUUCAUUACAUUUAUGGUCAUUAUUUUCAGCUUAUUUAGUUGCUUUAUUAGGUUAUUUAUAUUUAAAAUUUACAAGUCCAGAAUAUAACUCAGAUGGACAAUUUUAUGCACCUGUUAUUGCAUUUUCAUUUUUAAUUUCAGGUCAAAUUACAAGAAUUGCAUUAACUGUGAUUGAAUCAGGAACCGCUUCAUGUAUGUAUAGGAAAAUUUUUGAUUAUUUUCAUUUACUAACUAUUUUUUAGUCUUUGUUGCAUUAGCCAAGGAUCCAGAGGUGUUUAUGAUGACUAAUAGAGGUAGAUUUGAUGAGAUAUUUAGAAAUUAUCCUCAAGUACUUGAAAAGAUAACGAAACAGAACUAG